AUGAAAUUCGUCAUUGUUUUUGCUGCCUUCUUCGCCGUAGCUUUGGCUGCUCCCUUGGACAGUGCCCAGGACGCGCAGAUCCUUCGUUAUGACAACGAUAAUAUUGGAGUUGAUGGAUACAAUUACGCUGUUGAAACAAGUGAUGGUAAAUCAGUUAGCGAACAAGGAGUCGUAAAGAAUGUUGGAACCGAACAAGAAGCUAUUUCUGUCCAAGGUCAAUACAGCUAUGUCGGACCCGAUGGUGUCACAUACACUGUAACCUACAUUGCUGAUGAAAAUGGUUUCCAACCACAAGGUGCUCAUAUUCCACAAGCAGCUUAA